GCUUAUCGAAACAUUUCGAACUUUCUAUUUUUCUUUUUAGCUUAAAGCUCAAAGUUUCUCUCUCUCUCUCUCUCUCUCUCUCUCUCUCUCUCUCUCUCUCUCUCUCGUUGCGGCAAUUUCUCUCCGGGAAGACCAGUCCUCGUGUAGUUUUCGUCUCUGUUUUUGAACUUUUCUGCCGUCUCUGAGUUUGUUUUUCUAUGUGUUACUGGUGGAGGUGUGAUUCAUUAAUUUUGCUUCGCUGUGGGAUCUUCCAAGUAUCCCUUUCGUAUGAGUUUGGAUCUGUCAUCAAGAAAAUGGAAAACCCCUUUGCUUCCAGAGAGAAGGGGUUUGGCUAUCAAGAUAUUCCAACAGAACAGAUGGAUGGUUUAAGCACGUCGUUUGGUUCUGGUCUUAGGAAUUUGAUCUCUGAUGAUUUGCUCAACUCUUCCUCCGAGCUUAUGAAUUUCGACUCUUUUGCCGCAUGGUGUAACAGCCCUUCUGCCACUGAUAUCUUGUUCUCUCAGUAUGGUCUGUCGACCUCUCAACCUAUGCCUUUUGGCGCUUUCACUUCAAUUCAUGCAGCUGACCCCAAGGGUACCAGUCUAGCUCGCUCAUUCCAUGAUUUGGAAAGCUCUUACUUUGGUGAAGAAAGAUCAUCAGUACAGGAUAUGAGCUCUCAGUUACAUAGCUCAUUAGAUAGUGAGGAGUUAAGUGGUAAACGGCGCAGGGUUAGUAAUCAGAAGAUUGGCUUUCCUAACGUACUCGACUGUACUAUUCCCAGGUCUUUAAGUCACUCACUAGAUGAGAAGAUGCUUAAGGCAUUAAGCUUAUUUAUGGAGUCCUCAGGUUCAGGAGAGGGUAUUCUAGCUCAAGUUUGGACGCCUAUCAAGACAGGAGACCAGUAUGUGCUUAGUACUUGUGAUCAAGCCUAUUUGCUUGACCCGAGGCUUUCUCAGUACCGUGAAGUGUCAAGGAAAUUUACGUUUGCUGCUGAAGCAAAUCAUUGUUCUUUUCCGGGUCUUCCUGGCCGAGUCUUUAUCUCGGGAGUGCCUGAAUGGACAUCAAACGUUAUGUAUUACAAGAAGGAUGAGUAUUUGCGCAUGAAGCAUGCAAUUGAUAAUGAAGUCCGUGGUUCCAUAGCAAUACCUGUUCUUGAAGAGUCUGGGACAUCUUGUUGUGCUGUCAUGGAAUUCGUUACAUCUAAGGAAAAACCCAAUUUUCAUAUGGAGAUGGACUCUGUUUGCCGCGCUCUGCAGGGCAGCUCUGGAGACAGUUUGUUGUGGUUGCAACCUGAGGCUGUAAACUUACGGACAUCAGCGAUUCCUCGUCCUCAGUACCUUUCAACUAAUCAAAGAGAUGCUUUAGCUGAAAUACAAGAUGUUCUCCGAGCAGUAUGUCAUGCGCACAAGUUGCCAUUAGCUCAUACCUGGAUUCCUUGUAGAAAGGAUCGAUCUAUAAGGGUUUCUGGUCCAAAUUCAGGUGAAAAUUGUGUCCUUUGCAUAGAGGAGACGGCUUGUUAUGUGAAUGAUAUGGAGAUGGAAGGAUUUGUGAACGCAUGUUUGGAGCAUUGUCUACGAGAAAAGGAAGGAAUUGUUGGUAAAGCUUUCAUAUCCGACCAGCCGUUCUUUUCUUCUGAUGUAAAGGCAUAUGACAUCAGUGAGUACCCUCUCGUUCAGCACGCUCGAAAGUACGGUCUGAAUGCUGCUGUCGCAAUAAAACUGAGGAGCACGUACACUGGUGAAGAUGAUUACAUACUUGAACUAUUCUUGCCUGUAAGUAUGAAAGGAAGCCUGGAACAACAGCUUCUAUUAGACAGCCUUUCGGGUACAAUGCAGAGAAUUUGUCGAACUUUGAGAACUGUUUCAGAAGUGAGGUCAACUAAAAAAGAAGUGACCAAACCUGGAUUUCGGAGUGGUGAGAUAUCUAAUUUCCCGCAGACCACAUGUUCGUCGAACUUUCUGACAACAUCAUUAGAUUCCGAAUAUCACUCUACUCGAAGCAUAUUUUCGGGCAUGUCCUCUGAUAAAGAUAACGGUGUCACAGUAUCCCAAGGCACUUUAGAGCAGGAUAUGAGCAAAGCUAGAACACCAGAGAAGAAGAAAAGCACCACUGAGAAAAAUGUGAGCUUAAGCAUUCUCCAACAACAUUUUUCCGGUAGUCUAAAGGAUGCUGCAAAAAGCCUUGGUGUUUGUCCAACUACACUAAAACGGAUAUGCAGGCAGCAUGGGAUCAUGAGGUGGCCAUCUCGUAAGAUUAACAAAGUGAACAGGUCACUAAGGAAAAUACAGACGGUACUUGACUCGGUCCAAGGUGUAGAUGGAGGACUAAAAUUCGAUUCAGCAACUGGCGAAUUUAUUGCAGUUGGACCUUUUAUCCAAGAAUUUGAUACCCAAAAGGGUCUGUCGUCUCAUGGUAAUGAUGCACAUGCAAGAAGAAGUCAGGAGGAUAUGACUGACACUGACGAUACCUCGUUCGAGCUCCAGGAAGCUAAAUCUGUCGACAAUGCCGUUAAGUUAGAGGAGGAUAUUACCAUGAACCAAGCAAUACCAGGUUCAUUCAUGGAGGUUAAUGCUAGUGAUCAGCCAUGGGCUUGGAUGGCCGAACAGUCCAGCUUAAAUGGCAGUGAAGGAAUAAAGAGCGUUUGCAACUUAAGCUCUCUGGCACUUUCAGAUGGAAUGGAUCCAACGAUCAGAUGCAAUGGCAGUAUUGUUGAACCUAACCACUCUCUGUCAUGUAGCAUAUCGGAUUCAUCAAAUGGCUCAGGUGCAGUUAUGCGUGGAAGCUCAUCUACUUCCGUGGAAGAUUGGAACCAAAGGAGAACACAAAACAAUAAUAGCGGCGAGAGUGGAUCAACAAUGCUGAUUGUAAAGGCCACAUAUAGAGAAGACACUGUACGUUUCAAGUUCGAGCCAUCGGUUGGGUGUCCUCAGCUCUACAAAGAAGUUGGAAAACGUUUCAAACUGCAAGACGGGUCCUUUCAACUGAAGUACUUGGAUGAUGAAGAAGAAUGGGUGAUGCUGGUUACAGAUUCUGAUCUCCAAGAAUGCUUGGAGAUAUUAUAUGGUAUGGGAAAACACUCUGUGAAGUUUAUGGUUCGUGAUAUGCCUCCCCCUAUAGGUAGUUCUGCUGGCAGCAACGGUUACCUUGGAACAUGCUUAUGACGUCUACUUCGUCGUCGUACAACAUACACACACGGUUAUGUCUUCCCCUGUGAAAGAACGUUGUUUAUUUCUCCAAAUAUUAGUUUGCUUAUAAAAAGGCGUAAUGGAGAAAGACAAUUUUGGUAUAGUGGAGUCAGGUCAGCAGAAUGUAAAUGUUUCUCGUCUUAUAUGAAUCAGAGAAUAAAAUUUGUGGGGUUGUAAUCUGGGAAACACCUAUUUACUGUAGUUAUAAUUAACCUGGAAAGAUUACAACUUUGCUCAUGAUCAAUUCAA